ACAAAUAACCAAUUUGUCACAUUGAUGAAUGAUUUUAAUUUUCCGGAUGAUAUAGCAUAUUCAUCUUAAUGACAAUUAAAGUAAUGAGAUAUUUAACAAAAGCAAAAAGUGAUGCUAAAGCAAAAAUGUACUCACGAGUCACAGCAAUAAUUGACCUAACCCCACUCCCACGGCUUACUUUCCAGUUUCCACCAUUGAUGCACCACAACUCAAACACAUACCACUGCUACACAGCUUUGAAAAAACUUCCUAACUGCUCUCGAUCACCAUGAGCAGUUCAAGCACCACCACCCCAACCCAUGCAACCCAUGUCUUGGUCUUCCCAUACCCAGCACAGGGUCACAUGAUCCCUCUCCUCGACCUCACUCACCAACUCGCCAACCGCGGCCUCACCAUCACCAUUCUCGUCACCCCCAAAAACCUCCCUUUCCUCCAACCUCUCCUCUCCGCCCACAACCACCCUAAUAAUUCCAUCCAAACCCUCGUCCUCCCUCUCCCCUCCCACCCCUCCCUCCCCGCCGGCUUCGAGAACGUCAAGGACCUCCCCGUCCACUCCUUCCUCGCCAUGAUGUGCGCCUUGGGCCAACUCCACCACCCUCUCCUCCGUUGGUUCACCUCCCACCCCAACCCUCCCGUCGCCAUCAUCUCCGACAUGUUCUUGGGCUGGGCCCACCGCCUUGCUACCCAGCUCGGCAUUCAGAGGCUCGUAUUCUCCCCCUCCGGCGCCUUGGCCCUCUCCGUCAUUGACUCGCUCUGGCACUGCCUCCCCAAACGAGAUGACCCCAACGACCAAAACCAGGUCUUCUCGUUCCCCCAAAUUCCAAAUUCCCCGAAAUACCCGUGGUGGCAGCUCUCCACCGUGUACCGCUCCUACGUCGAGGGAGACCCAGAUUCGGAAUUCAUCAAGGACGGCUUCGACGCCAACAGGGCCAGCUGGGGAAUAGUCGUCAACUCGUUCACCGAGUUGGAGCGAGUUUAUCUCGAGCAUCUCAAGAAUGAGCUGGGCCACGAUCGCGUGUGGGCCGUUGGACCGCUGCUCCCACCGGAUAAUGAUGACCUAUCCGGGCCCGCACAGAGGGGUGGGUCCAGCUCGGUUUCCCUAGACCGCAUCAAGUCCUGGCUGGACGCAUGCGUAGAGGAUCACAAGGUGGUGUACGUGUGCUUCGGGACUCAAGCCGUGUUGACCAAUCGCCAGAUGGAGGCGCUGGCAUCGGGAUUGGAGAAGAGCGGGGUCCGCUUCGUGUGGUCUGUGAAGAGCCCCACGAAGGGACACGCGGAGGGACAUUACGGCGCUGUCCCCCCCGGGUUCGAUGAUAGAGUAGCGGGGAGGGGCCUGGUGAUAAGAGGGUGGGCACCGCAGGUCUUUAUCUUGAGGCACCGAGCGGUGGGAUCGUUCUUGACUCACUGCGGGUGGAACUCGGCUCUUGAGGCGGUGGUGGCGGGUGUGCCGAUGCUGGCGUGGCCCAUGGGGGCUGACCAAUUCAGCAACGCCACGUUGCUGGUAGACCAGCUGAAGGUGGGGGUCAGGGUGUGCGAGGGGGCGGGAAGCGUGCCUGACUCGGACGAGUUGGCCCGAGUGGUGGCGGAAUCGGUGAGUGAGAAGCGGGUCGAGAGGGAGCGAGCCGUGGAGUUGCGUGAAGCGGCACUCGAGGCCAUCAAAGAAGGCGGGAGCUCGGUGAAGGAGUUGGAUAGUUUGGUGGAUCGUCUGGCUGCACUGGAAAUACCGGCAGGUAGUAAAAAUUUGCAAUCGAUGCGAAAUGGAAAUUAAAGUGAAAAUAGGCAUGAAUAUAAUAAAAUUAAACUUAAAUAUUUACUACUAAUGGGCUGGGCUUUCUCUUCUCUUUUCUUUUGGGCCUUAGAAUAAAUUGUAAUUUUUGAAAA